AUGAAUCCUAUUCAAUGGAUUCUCUCCCUGCUCAAAUCCCUCCUGAACUUCUUCUUCCCGUCGAUAGGAGCUCGCUCCAUCUACGGUCUCGACCAUGCAGUUCUCAACAUCCCCGUCCCCCCACCAAGCAUGUGGAUGAACAUGGGGUAUUGGAAGAAUGAAUGUGACCUCCCGGACGCCUGUAGGGCUCUCCUAGAACAAGUCCUCACCGCGGCCGGCCUUCUUGAUUCCACCGGUCACCCGGUGCCCACAGACCGACAGUUCCGUCUCGUCGAUGUCGGGAUCGGGUGUGGCGAUCAAUCGCUGCACAUGGUCAACUUGAGGAAGCCCAGUACUCAAGCACUGAGCAAUGACCGAAACAGCGGCGCCUCAAGGGUCGCUCCCCCGCUCUUCGACUCCUACGUCGGACUCACCCUCCUCCCCGAGCAGGCGGAGCUCGCGCGCCAGCGCCUCGAGGCGUCUGCCACUGCCAGCAUGAAACCCGCCCCUGCCACUUCGACCGAACCAACCCAGGUGGACAUCUUCUGCGCGAAUGCCGCUGACCCAGCCUCCUGGGACCAGGAGCUCCAGCGCGCGAUAGCCCCGUCUCCUGGGGACUCUUCUGACGCUCCAUCGAAAACGAAGGCAACGACGACGUGGCUUCUCGCGCUCGACAGUCUGUACCAUUUCCGACCCUCAAGGGCCCCGCUCCUCACCUACGCAGCCACCGAACUCCACGCCUCCUUCAUGGCCUUUGACCUCUUGCUCUCCGACUCUGCCACCGCAUGGCAGAGGCUGCUGCUCCGGGGCGUGUGUCUGAUGACAGGGGCGCCGUUCACGAACUUCCUGACUCAAUCCGAGUACGAGGCCUUCCUUGUGCGCGCGGGGUACUCAAUCGACGGCAUCGUCAUGACGGAUAUCUCCGAGCAUGUCCUUGGGGGGCUGGCGGGCUUUAUUCGUAAGAAGGAUGCGCGCAUGCGUCGCGUGGGUAUGUCGGUGGGUGGGAAGUUUCGCGCUGCGGCGACGGUGUUUGACUGGUGGGCGAGGAGUGGUGUUGUGCGUGGUAUGGUGGUUGUUGCGAAGUUAUAA